AGAUCUUGUGCAUGGAUAAGUGCUGGGAGCGAGAGGAGAGGAAAUGAAGGCUAAUAAGAAAGAGUUACAAAAAGCCACAGCUCAGCAAGAACUGGUUAUUGGUUCACAUUUGUCCUGGUUUCUUUGUCAACUUGAUACCAGCUGGGGCCACCUGGGAAGAGGGAUCCUCAGUGUGAUCUGCUCCCUGAAGCCCCCACUGCCAGACUGACUGUACACUGGAACAAUGAACUAAAACAAACCAAUCACAGCAGCAGGGAACGUGCUUAACACAGAAGAUGCAAGGUCGCUGAAAUACAGCUACUCAGAAGUCCCUAGGCACAUGGAAUAAACUACACAAGUUCUUUCACCAAGGACCGUCUGAGAGUGGCUGUUUUUACUGAGCUGUAACACUUGUGGAAGGGUUCUCUUUCCCGAAGCAUUCAUCGCUGGACCUUGGCUGUCCAGACUCACGCUGCUGCUCACUCUGCCCCGGUCACUGUUGCUGCCUCUGUAGCUGGACCUAGGCUAUCUGCCCAGUGCAAGCUGCCCAAACCUCAUCUCUUCUCUUCUGAGAGCUGUAACACUUCCGGCACUCCUGGCUGGACCCAGGCCCCCUGGAACCUAUCCAUCUUGGUUCUGCCUAGAGACUGGUAACCCCAGCACUUUUGAGACUUAGGUAGGAAGAUGGCUGUGAUUUCAAGAUCACCCUGAUCUACAUAGCAAGACCUUGUCUCAAGGAAACAAAACAAGUGAUACACGUUAUAACCGUAAAACAUGGCUAGGAUUUCAGUUUGCAUAUGGAAAAAUGUAAAACAUCAGUACAGUAGCUUUUCAUAUUGCUUAUAUGUUGAAUUGAUAUUUUAUUUAUACCUAAUACCAUAAAAUAUUAAAUAUUUUAUACCUAAUAUGUGUGUUUAUUAAAUAUAUUUAUACCUAAUACGAUAAAAUAUUAAGUUAAUUCCACCUGCUUCUUUUAGUUUAAUAAUUGUGGCUAUAGUCAGGUGUGUUGGUACAUGAUCGUGAUCCCAGCACUGAAAGGCAGGAGCAGGUGGAUCUGUGAGUUUAAGGUCAAAGUCAGAUGGCCAGACCCAAUGUCAAAAAUAAAGCAAUAGCCGGGUGGGGUGGCACACACCUUUAAUCCCAGCACUUGGGAGGCAGAGGCAGGUGGUUUUCUGAGUUUGAGGCCAGCCUGGUCUACAAAGUGAGUUCUAGGACAUCCAGGGCUAUACAGAGAAACCUUGCCUCGAAAAACGAGAGAGAGAGAGACAGAGAGAGAGGGAGAGAGAGAGAGAGAGAGAGAGAGAGAGAGAGAGAGAGAGAUUGUCAUGAAUGUGACAGUACAAAUGUAUUCUGAACACUGACAUACAUUUAUAAAUGGUAAAAGUUCUCCAAAGUGGUAGCUUUGUACAUCCGAAGCCUGACAAUCUUCCUUCCGUCCAAGUGAGUUGUUUCUUACAGAUGUAGCAUAGGGAAGGUGUGGUACACACCUUUAACAAUAGUGUGGUAUCAGAAGACAACUUGAUGGAGUCAGUUUUCUCUUUUCACCAGACAUAGAACUCAGAUUAUCAGUCUCGGUGGCAACCACCUUCACAUGGUGAGUCACCUGACUGGUGCUUAAUUCCGUACUUUUCUGCCUUGAGACACCAGAGUGUGUUAGUAUCCAUGGCUUGCUUCAAGCGAUUCUCACCGCCUUAAAACUACUGAGUUCUAGGUUAGCCCAGGUCUGUUCGUUCCUGGUCACAUGUCCCUCAUCCUUUUACCUAGUAGAGUUGAAAAUUUAGUAGAGAAACAUUUCUUGAGCCGCUAAAUAGGCGCUGGUGUUGCGCGGCCGGUUUAGUUGAAGCGUGCUCAGAAAAGGGGAGGGCAUCUUUCUUUAGCGCUAACAGGGUUGAGAUGAAUUGGGGAGCGUCUCUGUGCAGACGGGAUUCACUCACCGUGGCGCUAGGAGCCAGGGCGUUGGAAUCCAGAGGUGCAGCAGCAACCAUAGAGAGCGACUGUAAGGAGCGAGGGGCCGGAUGCGGUCACCAUAGAGACGGGAGACUGACAGGCAGCGGAAGAGGAAGCCGAGGGCUGGCUUGUGAGGUGGCAGCGGCAGCAAAGCGGAGCUCCUCGGCCCGCCACAGGGUGGGCUCACCCGCGAGGCGGCUCCGUCUGCCGUGGGGCUUGGGUGUUCCUGUUCCCCUGCCCGGCAGGACCUGAGAACCCGCUCGGUCCUGCUGUCCGCCGCGAGCUCCCCUCCACCGCCCAAGUUCGCAGAGCAAACCAGCUGGACGCAAGGCCUUUUCUGCAGUCGUGGGACGUAGGCGAUUAAUUUCUGUCUCCAGACGGCCGGCUAGGACUCGCUCUGUCCCUUCUUCUGGGGGCUGGCACGGUGCUGUGGUCGCCAAGGGAAUAAUAGGGCACUGACUGGCGCCCUAUUGGAAGGUGCCCUGUUGGAAGGUGGUGAGCCUCUGCUGGCCUUCCCAGACCCCCGCGUUUCUCUAACUGCUGCUGUCUCCCGGCUUGCUUUUGCUUUAUUUGGCUUUGUUUGAUAACCUCUAGCCACAGCAAGAGUGUCUGUAAUUUGUCUCCUGCUGUUCUUAGAUAUGUGGGCAGCAUAGCUUUGCAGGACGAGUAGGAUGGCUAGCAAAAUGGCUCCAUCAGCCAUUGCGCUCCUAUGAGAGGCCAGCUGUGCUGAGUCACUGUGACUGCUCACCUCAUUUGGGUGGGUAGGUGGGUGGGCACCAUUCAUAGCUGGUGAUCUUAUCUGACAAGGAGGGGAUUUCUAGAGUCUGUGGCUCUCUUUGACACUCAGGAGCGGGGUGGAAGGAGGUGCUGACCCCUUCUCUAGUGCUUGCCUGCAGCAGCGGCAGAUCAGCAGUUCCUCUGGGGCCUGAGGAGACAUAGUGGGCCAGGAUAGCUUCAGCAUGGCACAGGGUGUCUGAGGCAGGCCCUUUUGGUCAGACUGUUGUUGGAAUGGCGCAUGCACUUUGCCCUAAGCUCUGUGUCACUGGGUGCUGCUGACUUGAAUUAGGCCCAUGUUUCAAAUGGCUGUAGACCUUCUGGGGUUAGGUUUGGCAGGACUGCACUUUCUUUUUUCUUUUUCCUGGACUACAGACUGCAAUCCCCGUAGGGAGUGGCAUUGCUCACAUAGACAUUAGUAUUUUACUGAGGGUAUCAGCACCAUGGCCACUGAAGACCAGACAUAGGGUUGGGAAGACUUGGUGGGGAUGCUGGGCUCCUUUUUCUGUUGCUGACCUCGUUGACUCCGGGUUCUCUGGGUAAAACCGUGGGCUACUGCUGGCCUGUGGCCCAUCAACCUACUCAUCCUUGAGACUGUGCCCCUGGGGCGCCCUGUGUCAGGGCCUGCCACCAUGCGACUGAGCUCCCUGCUGGCUCUGCUGCGGCCAGUGCUCCCCCUCAUCCUAGGACUGUCUCUGGGAUGCAGCCUGAGCCUCCUGCGGGUUUCCUGGAUCCAGGGUGAGGGAGAAGAUCCCUGUGUAGAGGCUGUGGGGAAGCCAGGAGGGCCACAGAAUCCAGACUCAAAAAAUGGGCUGGACCAAGGCGAUGAAGACUUCAGACCCAGGAUUGUGCCUUACUACAGGGAUCCUAACAAGCCCUACAAGAAGGUGCUCAGGACUCGGUAUAUACAGACAGAGCUGGGCUCUCGUGAGCGCCUGCUGGUGGCUGUCCUGACUUCUCGAGCCACACUGUCCACCCUGGCCGUCGCGGUUAACCGUACAGUAGCACAUCACUUCCCUCGGUUACUCUACUUCACAGGGCAGCGAGGGGCCCGGGCUCCUGCAGGGAUGCAGGUGGUGUCUCAUGGAGAUGAGCGGCCUGCCUGGCUCAUGUCAGAGACCCUGCGCCACCUUCACACACACUUUGGGGCAGACUAUGACUGGUUCUUCAUCAUGCAGGACGACACAUAUGUGCAGGCCCCCAGAUUGGCAGCUCUUGCUGGUCACCUUAGCAUCAACCAAGACCUGUACUUAGGCCAUGCAGAGGAAUUCAUUGGUACAGGAGAGCAGGCCCGGUACUGCCAUGGGGGCUUUGGCUACCUGUUGUCACGGAGUCUCCUAUUGCGCUUGCGGCCACAUCUGGAUGGCUGCCGAGGGGACAUUCUCAGUGCCCGGCCUGAUGAAUGGCUUGGCCGCUGCCUCAUCGACACUCUGGGCAUCGGCUGUGUCUCACAGCACCAGGGGCAACAGUAUCGCUCCUUCGAACUGGCCAAGAAUAGGGACCCUGAGAAGGAGGAGAGCCCUGCUUUCCUGAGUGCCUUCGCCGUUCACCCGGUCCCCGAGGGCACCCUCAUGUACCGGCUCCACAAACGCUUCAGUGCUCUGGAGUUGGAGCGGGCUUACAGCGAAAUAGAACAACUGCAGGCCCAGAUCCGGAACCUGACGGUGCUGACCCCUGAGGGGGAGGCAGGGCUAAGCUGGCCUGUUGGGCUCCCGGCCCCUUUCACUCCACACUCUCGCUUCGAGGUGCUGGGCUGGGACUACUUCACGGAGCAACACACCUUCGCCUGUGCAGACGGGGCUCCCAAGUGUCCCCUGCAGGGGGCUAGCAGGGCAGAUGUAGGGGACGCUGUGGACACAGCUCUGGAGCAGCUCAAUCGGCGCUAUCAGCCCCGCCUGCGCUUCCGGAAGCAGCGGCUUCUCAAUGGCUACCGGCGCUUUGACCCUGCAAGGGGCAUGGAAUACACCCUCGACUUGCUGCUGGAAGCUGUGACUCAGCGAGGGCACAGACGCUCCCUGGCCCGCAGAGUGAGCCUGCUGAGGCCACUGAGCAGAGUGGAAAUCCUGCCUAUGCCCUAUGUCACCGAGGCUACCCGGGUGCAACUGGUGCUGCCACUCCUGGUGGCUGAAGCUCCGGCCGCCUUGGCUUUUCUUGAGGCCUUUGCUGCCAGUGUUCUGGAGCCUCGAGAACAUGCAUUGCUCACCCUGUUGUUGGUCUAUGGGCCCCGGGAAGGCCGAGGGGGCCCUGACCCAUUUCUCGGAGUGAAGGCUGCAGCAGCUGAGUUAGAACGACGGUACCCAGGGGCGAGGCUGGCCUGGCUCGCUGUGCGAGCAGAGGCCCCUUCGCAGGUGCGACUCAUGGAUGUCAUCUCCAAGAAACACCCUGUGGACACACUCUUCUUCCUUACCACCGUGUGGACAAGACCUGGGUCGGAAGUCCUCAACCGCUGCCGUAUGAAUGCAAUCUCGGGCUGGCAGGCCUUCUUUCCGGUCCACUUUCAGGAGUUCAACCCUGCUCUGUCACCACAGAGAUCUCCCCCAGGUGUCCCUGGGGCUGAUCCCCCCUCCCCUGGUGUGGACCCUUCUAGGGGGGCUCCGGUCGGGGGCAGAUUUGACCGGCAGGCUUCAGCAGAGGGCUGCUUCUACAAUGCUGACUACCUGGCAGCCCGCGCCCGGCUGGCUGGCGAACUGGCAGGCCAGGAAGAGGAGGAAGCCCUGGAGGGGCUGGAGGUGAUGGAUGUUUUCCUCCGGUUCUCAGGGCUCCACCUCUUUCGAGCCGUAGAGCCAGGGCUGGUGCAGAAGUUCUCUCUGCGGGACUGUAGCCCCCGGCUCAGCGAGGAACUGUACCACCGUUGUCGCCUCAGCAAUCUGGAGGGGCUGGGGGCCCGUACCCAGCUAGCCAUGGCUCUGUUUGAACAGGAACAGGCCAACAGCACUUAGCCUCUCCACCCCUGUAUCUGCCAUAGCCCCGGGAAGGGCAAGGCAAGGUGACGGACAGAUGGAGGGCUUGCCACUGUAUUUUUUUAAAAAUAAGAAAUGUUAUUAAACGUAUCUUCUGCCAAACUGUUUUUAGGUCUAGGGAGAGGGGUAAGAAGAAGAAUCUGUGGUAGGGUUGUGGAGAAUUUGUCUGCCGGCUUCCACUGCCUUCCCCUUCUCUUCCUCCUUCCCAUCCCCGUCCACAAUGACCACAAGGCUGCUGUCUGUUACGUGACCUUUAAUCCAUCCAGCCCUCCCCACCUUCCGCACAGCGCGAGAGGGGGAGUCCAGAGCCCAGGGCCUGUGCUGGGCGGAGUGGCUGGUCCACCCUGACGCUUGUUCACGGGCUCCUAGGUGUUGCGCACGACCAGCGACUGCUCCAGCUCCUGCCUGCGCUGCUGGAUCUUUAGAGGAAGUGUGAGCGGGGCAGGGUUACAGUGAUCCUGGUGAGUGACCAGGGGUACCCCAUCCUGGCACCCCUCCCCUGGAAGAGUCUGGGAACCAGGAGACUACUGCAUGGGGGUGUAGGGUGGUGGACAGGUAACUGUGGCCAGGUGAGAGGCAAGGCUGCCAGGACUGAAGGAGAGGGAGCCUCGGGUUCCUGGGCCUCCAUUACCUUACAGUAGAAGUAGCGGCUAACGGCUUCCUGGGACCAGGGCUGGUGGUAGAACUCAGCCCUGCGUUCUUCCUCGGGGUUCCCUGCCACAUCUGUCAUCACCUGGGAGGGAGCACGGGGCCUGUGGUGAGUUCCCCUGAGGUGCAUGCCCACCUGCCCCAGCCCGUGUGCUUGUCUUCGCAUCAGUGCUCCCGGAGCCCCACUUCACCUUGAGAUCACGGCUCUGGGAGCGGAGCAGGUCUUGGACGUAGCCUUUGGGGUCUCUGGAGAAACUUAGCAUGAAGUCCCUCUGGAUCUUGAGCUGGUUUAUGGACUCAAUCGUCUCAUGGAUCUACAGCUCUGGGCUCAGGCCGCACCUUACUGUCCAGAGCACUGAUCUCCUGCUGGUUGGCCGUGGACAGGAGGAAGCUACUCAUCUGCCCUUUCAGCGGUUCCUCCACCUCCACAUCUAUGUCAUAGCACGCUGUCUUCUUCUGGUCUGAUGGGUCCACGCUGCCAGAGAAGUCCAGCCUCUGAUGUCCAUGGUACACCACGGAAGCCCAGGGCUAGGGCUGGGGAGGGUACAUGAGGAGGGUGGAGAAAGCAGGGAGGGGACCAGGGAGCUAAACUCCCUGUCUGCGGGGAAGGCUGGGCCACCUCACCUGAUGACGUGGUUGAUCACAAUGGGGUCAGGGGGCAGCAGCAGGGCUGUGAGGCGCUGGGGAAUCUCAGAGAACUUUAGGCGGGGGCAGUCAAAAAUCUGAAGCAGGAUAAUUGAGAGGGAGGUCACUGGUGUGUGUGUUUGAAGACACAGUAGCUAGUAACGAUCCUUUCGUUCUGGAAAGACCACAAGAAGCUGAGGGCAAGUCAGAAUCCUGGGUGCUGAUGGCAGCGAGCCAGGCUGGAGGUAGAGAAACAGGCAUGGCUAAUCGCGAGGCCAGUGCAGGGGCCUUACGUCUGCCACAUUCUGUGAGCAAGCUACUUAGCACCUUGGGUCUUAGUCCCUUCACCUCUAGAAUGGGGGUAUCAACAGCCCCAUUUCACGGGUUGUCAUGGGAAUUAGGUGAAUCCGUGUACAACAAGUGUCUGAAGGUAUAUGGUAAAUGCUCAAUAAAUACCAACUACUCUUUUUCCUUA